CACCACUGAAUUCGCCGUUCAAAUCGGGGAGGGAUUUUGAAACCCAAUAUUCGUUUUUUUCCAUCGUCAUUUCACAGUUCCGAAAUCGGCAUUUCAUGGAGACUACAGGGAAAGUGAAGAAGGGCGCUGGAGGGAGGAAGGGCGGUGGUCCAAGGAAGAAGGCUGUUUCUCGGUCAGCUAGGGCAGGCCUGCAGUUCCCCGUCGGUAGAAUCGGCCGUUACUUGAAGGUUGGACGUUAUGCGCAGCGUGUCGGCACCGGCGCACCGGUUUACAUGGCUGCCGUUCUCGAAUACUUAGCUGCUGAGGUUCUGGAAUUGGCUGGGAAUGCGGCUCGGGACAAUAAGAAGAGCAGGAUUAUUCCGAGGCAUGUGCUGUUGGCUGUGAGGAAUGACGAAGAGCUCGGGAAAUUGCUCGAUGGUGUGACGAUUGCUCAUGGUGGUGUUCUACCUAAUAUAAACCCGGUGCUGUUGCCAAAGAAGACUGGCGGAGAUAAGGAGCCUAAAUCGCCGUCGAAGGCAACUAAGUCACCAAGGAAGGCAGCUGCUGCUUAGUUUCUUGAAGUGUUCUUAUGAUUAGGGUUUUUUAUUUCAUGUAGGUAUGGGUGUUCUGGAAAUGGAUAUAUUUGGAUGGAAAAUGGAAUGUGAUGUUGUAUUAGCAAUUAUUCUGUUUUCUUGAACCCAUUUUGGAAAUGAAUUUAUCCAUAUAUGUUGGAUCUAUCUUCAUGCUUCAGCUACAUUUACAAAUUUCUUGUGUCUUUGUUAUUUGUAUUCUUAGUUUGUUGUAAAGUCUAUAUACAUUUGCAUUUAUGAUGGGGUA